CUAACUUGUGGUCAUGCGUAGAGCUGUCCGUGGUAUCAUAGUCCAGUUUAUCUAGGUUUAGGGUCGCAUUGUCUUUAUUCACUCAUAGCUUUACUUAGAAACGACACAGCUUAACAUCGGGCGUAGUGUAAGUCAGGCUAAUUAACAUGUUGGCGGAUGAAAUGUCAUUUUGAGUUGUUAAUGCUAGCUGAUACAAUAGUUAGCUUCUCGGGGCUGUACGGAAGAGCUGCAGUUAGUGUUGACAGUGUAGUUCACUGACCCUCGGCUACAUGGCGACUUAGCGACCGUGGGCUGUCAUAACUUUUUAAUUUACGUUACGGUGUAAGUCAGAAUGUCUCAUCUCGACACCGAAGACACUACUCCGUUGCUCCGGGAUGAUGCAAGCAGCGAUGACUCUCAGGAUGGGGACUAUAGAAGCCGGUGGAGGUCCAUCCGAGUCAUGUACUUCACCAUGUUCCUCAGCAGUGUAGGUUUCACUAUUGUCAUCACAUCACUGUGGCCCUAUUUGCAAAAGAUUGAUGAUAGUGCUAAUGCCAGCUUCCUGGGAUGGAUGGUAGCAGCUUACAGUCUGGGGCAGAUGGUGGCCUCACCAAUUUUUGGUUUGUGGUCUAAUCACCGGCCACGCAGGGAGCCACUGGUGUGCUCAAUUUUCAUCAACCUGGCUGCCAAUGUCUACUAUGCCUACGCAUAUCUACCCAAGACAAAUAACAAGUACCACAUGCUGCUGUCCAGAGCUUUUGUGGGCUUUGGAGCAGGUGAUGUGUUAAUAACAGCCAUGUUUAUGAACAUAGAUGAUGUUGUCCAUGCCGUCCACACAAACAUACAUUUUUGUCUUUUCAUGACAGGUAACGUUGCUGUGGUGAGAUCCUAUGUUGCUGGAGCGACAUCCCUGAAGGAGAGGACAGGUGCCAUGGCAAACAUGAGUGCCUGUCAGGCCCUGGGCUUCAUUCUUGGGCCAGCGCUGCAGGCCUGUCUCUCAUUCAUUGGCGAACAAGGUGCAACAUUGAAAAUCAUUGAUCUGCAGCUUAACAUGUACACUACACCAGCGUUACUUGCUGCAGCGUUCGGCCUCGUCAACAUCCUGCUUGUUCUUUUGGUGCUGAAAGAACAUUGUGUGGAUGAAGACGGAAGGCACAUUCGGGCCAUAAACUACACCUCAGAAGAUAGAGUUGAUGUUGUUGAGGAAGCUGGGGAAAGCAUCGACCAGGUGGCUGUCCUGACUUCCAACAUCUUGUUCUUCACUGUCAUGUUCAUCUUUGCAGUUUUUGAAACAAUCGCCACCCCAUUAUCCAUGGACAUGUUCGCCUGGACAAGGAAAGAGGCUGUGCUGUACAACGGCAUCAUUAUGUGUGGCAUUGGAUUUGAAUCAAUCCUGGUGUUUCUGGCUGUAAAAGCCGCUGCCCAAAGGUUUGGGGACCGUCCUGUGUUGUUAGCAGGCUUUGGUAUUGUUUUCUGUGGCUUCAUUAUUCUGCUUCCAUGGGGAAAUCAUUACCCUAAAAUCCAGUGGGCAGAUCUCAAAAACAACUCAUUGGCCAGUCAGACGGCUGACAUCACAGUCGCUGCCAACGGUACUUUGGAGCCCACAGGCUGCCCUUACGAACAGACCUGGUGCCAGUAUACCCCUGCUAUUUACCUAGCACAGUAUAUCUCAUCUGACAUCCUUAUUGGAGUGGGAUACCCAGCCUGCAAUGUAAUGUCCUACACAUUAUAUUCCAAAAUACUUGGACCUAAACCUCAGGGUGUGUACAUGGGCUGGUUGACAGCUUCAGGGAGCGGGGCACGAACGCUGGGACCUGUGUUUGUCUCCCAUGUCUACACCAUCCUGGGACCUCGCUGGGCCUUUAGUCUCAUCUGUGGCAUGGUGGUAUUAGCCAUCAUCCUCCUAAGCUCAGCCUACCACAGACUAGUCGCCUUUUCUGUUCGCCAUGGAAGGAUUGUGGAAUAAUCAUUCAUGCGCAUGAGACUAAUGGAAAUUUACUACUGGCUCCAAUGACACUGUUUAUUACUUCAGAUGUGUUUACUGGUUGUCCUUUAAAAGUUUGAAACUCGGGGUUUUAACCUUUUAAACUCAGUUGUAAAGAGAUAAGGGUUUUUUUUUUACCUUCUGGCUUGACCCAAAACAGAUGCAUGGAGGGAGAAAGAGCUGCAUCUACGUUUUCACCAAGUCUUCUGAAAGCCGGCCUUUGACACGUGUUAAUGAAAAAGUCAGUGUUUGUGUGUCAUGGGCAUUGUUCGUUUGUGCACAAAAUGUCUCUUACAUGUGGUGCAAAUUAAACAAUUCCAGCUAAACAUUUCCUCAGUAACACUUAGGAAAAAAUACUGAUAUUUUUUAAUGUUUCUAAUAAUGACUUCACCUGUAGCUAUUUAAAACUAUGGGUUUUAUCAUCCUUAAAUUAUUCAAAGGAAAUUCUUGAUGUUUGUACAAUAACAACAUAUUGAAUGAUGAAUUAAGUUUUUUUUAAUGUAAGCUUAUGCUUUCAGUUUUGCUUCAUUAUGACUGCAGAAUGUUUUAUUGUUUAAUCUAUUGAUGGAAUAGACUGAGGAAAUGUU